CCAGAAUUAAAAAUUUUCCAUGCACUAAUAAGGUGGGCGCUGGAUAAACAGUUUAACAUUUCAACUUCAGAGCUGGAAUAAAUACAGGAGACGGUGAAGUGUUUUCUAGAACCUCCCGUCAAUAUUGGACGUGUAGAAAGCUCAGAACGGAACAGAAUUUGUUGAAAAAGACGCUGACAUGCAUCUGAACGUACUUUCGGCCGUGGCGACGGUUUUUCUUAUGUCGAGUGUGGCUGUUUCAUCUGCCGCUGACGCUACCCUAUACCCUCCCGACCAACCCCCCGUGGUUGUUGUAUACAACAAAAUUGUGAAAGAAGGUGAGACGAUUCAACUUAACACAUCCAGGAGUUCUGUGGCUAUCGAAUGUACUGUUGAAGGUGGAAACCCAAAAGUGUCAAAUAUCACCAUGGCAUGUGAUGGUAAUACAUUUACAAUUAACAAGUACAGUGAGGUGUUUAACCUCACCUACACCAGCAGCGUUCGCAGUAUCCCAUGUACUUGCUCUGCAAAACACGUUACUGGACUUUACAAAAAAACAACUUCUUUCACCUUUAGCACAGGCCACACAGCUGUGCUCUGGAAUGUCAUACUGUUGACGUCACUGCUCCUGGGUAGGACAGUCUUGUCCUUGGCUUCAAACUAAACCAGCAUUUUCAUGACAGUCUAUCGCUUUUUUAUCACGAGCAUGAUCUUAAUAAUUUUCAACAUGCACACCACAACUAGGAGGAAAAUAGAAUUUAACAUUUUAUUUAUUCUGACUUUCAUGGAAAUGAACAUUGUAUCUAAACUUAGUAGCAUAUUACAAAAACUAAGCACACAAAAAGUGCAGAUUCAAGAACAAUGAUUAAUUACUCAUUUUGGUGAAGUGGUGAUGUGUGCUUGUAGCACCUUUAUAUUUCCCAAUCAUCUUGAAAACGGAAGGUCAGUUUUAAAAAUUUUAAAUUUAAAAAAAAUUAAAAUGCCCAUUGAUAAUAAUCAAUUGUCAAUAUUGUUGUACAUUAGCAAUGAU